UCAGACCGCCCUUAAAACAACUGUGUACUGCCGGGUGACCCGCACAUUGAUUUAGAAACAGACGGCAACCGAGGUGGUAGAGGAUACCUAUUACAACGGCUCGGACUGCUUGUUACUAGCAGUAGUCCCGCCAGUGACUGAUUAACAGAGUGUGUGCACAUCAGCGCUGAGGGACCCUCAUCCCGACUCUCGUGUCUUCACACUGUAAUCAUCCAUUCAGCUGAUGACAGCCUUGCCAGCAGAUCGUCACUGCUAGCUCCGUGCUCUUCCAUCUCUUCCGUACUUUCUGUUCCAGCUGACCUGAGAUAAGCUUUGAUUUUGCCUCACCUGUACAAAAGUGAUGGCGACCUCCAUGUACUACGGACUUUCCGGAAUUCCACAAGAAUACUAGAAGACACUGGGUGCGGAAUCCGGGUUUCGUCGUUAAUUUGUUUAUUCUGUGAGUUAGACUAAUCAUCAUUUUUUUGUGCACCUGUGGUUCUCUGAUCAACCCAGGGGAUUCCUGAAGCGCUCUAUGACAGACACGGUGAUCAGAAAGGCAGCAGAGUUGAAAAGGUGAAACAAGAUUUGGGGGGUUUUUUUGGCUUUAGCGAAGUCGAAUUCAACUCGAUGGUGACUGUAGGCCGGGACGGGCCGACGCUAGACGCUCUCAGUCUUCCCCGCAGAGACAUGGUACCCCGGUGUUGUGAGAACGGAAGGCCCGUGGUGGCAGAUCCACACACUGGACAGACAAUCUGCUCCUGUCAGUACAGCUCAGGGCUGCUGGGCUACCCUCGUGUCCCUACCCUCGGGGAGGCUGUAUACGGGGCCUCGGCCGCUUACGCCGCUGCUGCCCAGUCGUACAUGCCGCUAGGGGCCGACGGCUCGGCCUUCUAUUCCCCAUUGUUAAUAUUGGCCCGGCGCAGAGUCUCAUACCCUCCUACUUCGUUUAUUUCAGACCUCUCCCCAUACGACGGGGCUAAGGAUGCAGUGGGAAGGGUGGAGACAUUUAGCCCAUACAGGAGGCAUGUACUUUCGUACGACACAUCAAUGGCCGCUUACCCGUACGGACCUGGAUUUGGUCCCAUGGAUCUGAACGCCGCCAGACGAAAAAAUGCUACAAAAGAAGCUACAAAUACGCUCAAAGCAUGGCUAUACGAACACCGCAAAAAUCCUUACCCUACAAAAGGAGAAAAAAUAAUGCUAGCAAUUAUAACAAAAAUGACUCUAACCCAAGUUUCCACGUGGUUUGCCAACGCCAGGAGACGGCUCAAGAAAGAAAACAAGAUGACGUGGUCGCCUAGAAAUCGCUCUGACGACGAUGGAGAUGAUUUCGAUGACAUGGGAGAUGACGAUAAAGACGAUGACGACAAAGACAAAUUAGCCGGCUCCUCGGAGGGCGUGCAAUCCCGUGGGGGCACUGCUCCGAACUCUCCUAUACCAUCGGCUGGACAUGACGGGGGUGCUCUUGACACUGAGGCUCACAUAGACGUCGAUGACGUAGCGACAUCUCCCAGCCCUUCCGAUGGGUCACGUAAAGACAGCCAGACCCAUAGGGACAGCGACAUCCCUAGAGAUGCAGACUCGCCAGUCCUCUCGAACAGUAAAGACAAUAGUGUGUCUCCCUCACUCACUCCUUCAAUCACAGACAUUCGGUCGCCCGGACUGUCAUUAGCUAAAAUGUCUUCCGCCAGCAAAAAGACAGAGGGGGGUGAGGUCGGUGAGGGCUCACCCAGGCCGAAAAUCUGGUCCGUGUCGCAGUUCCUACCAACAAAUUCAGACAAUCAUAGGUCACGUGAAUCCACUGUGACGUCAUCACUUACGUCAUCCACGUCACAUCCAUAUCGCAUGUCGUCACCAUCAAGUCACAGGGGGAUAUCGUCUUCGAGUCAGGGUCAUCCCUUCCUGCCAUCGUCAAGCGCGCACGGCGGGUAUGGCGGAGCGCUUUCGUACGUUAGCCAUCCUUUACCAAUGACCCUCAGCAGUAGUGGCCUGGGCUUCCCUUACUCGCUCUCAUCGGUCAAGUCCAGCCUUACUGCCCCGUCCACCACAGUUUCACGACAAGAGGCGCUGCUAGCGGCCACCGCCUCAGCUUUGCGAUCUCAGCCCACAGCUCCAUCAAUCAAGUCCUCAGACGUCAUCGCGCCCCGCCCCAGUGACGUCACAGACAAGAGAGACAGUCCGACACUUCUUUAGAAGUCGCAUUUAUUAGAUGUAUAGAAGAAUUCUAGCUAGCAUUUGAAUUUUUACAUUCUCAUGUGUUUAUAUAUGGUCAAGUGCAAAAACUUUUUAUGAAGUGGGCAUAUCCCUUAUGUCCUUCACCCCCAGUUAGCCAACCUGGCGGGAAGAGUUUUACGUCACGUGACCAGUCGAACUGUUGAAAAGCACGGAGAGCUAGAGGGCAGUGUGCUCGUGGACAGCACAGAACAGUUAUUGGACUAUUCUGUCAGGCUUGUUGUCUUACGUCAGUAAUUUAAUACCAUGUCUCAAACGGUUAAAUAAAUCUUAUAAAUUAGCUCUU